CCUGCUCGGCUCCCUCCUCCUCCCUGCGCAGAGCAUGGCUUGGCUGGCGGGGCUUCUGCGGCGGAUUGUGGCUUUGCUCGCCGCUUUGCUCGCCUCGUCCUGCCGGGCCUUGGCCAUUGCCGCCUCCAAGGCCCGGGCCGCGCCGCGCCUGCUCCAGCUGCCCAUGGCUUUGGCCGGGCCCCUGCUGUUCCGCAUCGGGUACAAUCUGUAUGCCCACACCCGGCUGGGUUACCUCUUCUACAAGCGGCAGGUAAAGAAAGCACGGGAGCGAUACCCCCAUGGGCAUUCCCUUCCCCAGCCUGCAGUGUUCAGUGGGAUGAAGAUACUGCCUAUCCCUGUUUUGUCCAAUAACUACAGCUACCUUGUUAUUGACAUCGACUCCAACUGUGCUGUCGCUGUGGAUCCCUCUGAUCCUUUGGCUGUGCAGUCAGUCAUUGAAAAAGAGGGAGUAACGCUGGAGGCCAUCCUGUGCACUCACAAGCAUUGGGAUCACAGUGGGGGCAAUGCAGCACUGAAGCGACGGCACAGCUCCUGCAGAGUCUAUGGCAGCAGUUAUGAUGACAUCCCUGAACUGACAGACCCCCUUUCAGACAAGGAGACCAUCACGAUAGGGCGAUUGAACUUCAAGGCCCUUUUCACUCCAGGACAUACUGUGGGACACAUGGUCUACCUACUGGAUGGAAAGCCUUUCGAGGGGCCAGCCUCCCUCUUCUCUGGUGACCUCCUCUUCCUCUCCGGCUGUGGGCGGAUAUUUGAAGGCACCCCAGAAACAAUGUUGACAUCUCUAGACUUGGCAGCUAACCUUGCUGAAGAUACGCUGCUUUGGCCAGGACACGAGUAUGCUUUAGAGUGCCUCAUGUUUGCAAACCUUCUGGAACCGGAGAACCCAUUUCUGUUGCAGAAGUUACAAUGGGUGAAUCAACAGCGAACUGAGAAGAGAAGUACGUGUCCUUCUACCAUUGGCGAGGAAAAACAAUACAAUCCCUUCCUGCGGACACAUUGCCAAGCCAUCCAAGAUGCCAUGGGCCUGCAGCGCCAAAGUGGAGAGGACUGGGACAUCUUCCGGGCCCGGGUGCUGAAGGAAGUGCGGCUGCGGAAAGAUGUCUACAAAGCGAACUAGCAAUAGAGAUGGUGCCAGGCUGGAGUGGGCAAGGUUUUAUCUGUGUGUAGAAGACCAUCAGGGCCUGUGCAAGGAGGAGUCUGGUCACAAAAUGGGCUGUGCCCUACUGAAGAAGGAUCUACUUGAAUGCCGUUGUAACCCCCGAUAUGAAGUGAAUGGCAAAACUGAGGUUCAAACCUGGUUCUUGAGUCCUCCUCCUUCCUUCUGAGAAAGCUUGGUUACCACUGCUGCUUAACCUGAAGAGUGGGACUUACUAGCAGUCUUUUAGUCAAGGGGUCAUUUCAUGGAAACUGUAAUGAAUUUCUUCUUCUUUUCUGAUGGCCCUGUUAUUUUGGAACUUAUCUAUUGGGAGCAGUGGGAGCAAGGUGAAGAGAGGAUUCAGCAACAUAGGCCAGAGCUUAGAAGAGACACUGAGAUCUGUAAUCUCUGACUUGACAAUUUCAUAAUAAGCUUCAUAACUUUAUGCACAGAAAGCGUGCAUGACUGUUUGGGUAUGCCUGUCUAUUGCUCACUCAGGUGGUGGUAAUGCAGGAAGGUAUCUCUUGGAUGUUGUUAUAAGCACAAUUGCAAUCCAUUGUCCAGCUCUCUGGAGACACUAAUGCACAUGGGUGAAUUUUAAGGCCCUAUCUGGUCUUCCAACUCUUGCCAAACAGACAAGAAAGGGCCCUUGCCUUUCCUUUGAGCAGCUAAGACUACAUACUACUGAAGAUUAUCUCCCUUUUGCUCUUCUCUUACCAUGCCUGUUACCUUUUCUUUCAUUUUUUAAAAAAUUGCCUCUAUAGUCAAGAUCAAAGCAUCUCUAACAAGUGGGCCAAGCAUGGAUUUAUGACACAUGUUCUUGGAAGACACAUGUUUAGGCACGUGUCACUUCCAGCAAUUCUGCAGCCGCUUCUGAAAGCACAAAUUCUUAUAUAAGAAUUCGAGUCAACAAUUGCUGUCCUUCUUACAGAUGCAGGAGAACUGAGUAGAAAAAUUGUGAAUGUGUUACUUUUCCCUGAAGGAGGCCUCCCAGUUGGAUACAUGGCUUCUUACUACUGGUUUCAUAUGAAAGUUACUUGUAAGAAUGAUUGUACAUGUUUACUAUGGAGUGUUUAAUUCAGUCCAUAUGGUUGCGUGGUUUCCUGUUGCUACUGUCCUGUAGUCUGUCACUAUAGUAAAGAGUUGCCAUCAGGAGAGGAUGACAGAAUUAAGUGUGUGUUCUUAGAUUCAAUAGCCAGGGCAGUCUUCCUGAACUUGGUGCCCUUCUGGGUUCUGGACUGUAACUCUCAUCAUUUCCAGAAAGCAUGUCCAGCACAGGGCAUCAGGCUGUGGAAGGCUGAUAGCAAAUGGCGUUAGACUGUUUGUUGUUCUGCAAUGCUUAUAUUUGUUCCACAUGUUGGCAGGGUUUACACUUUUGUGUUUCUCCUAUCCUUUAGGCCCUCAGUGUUUGCAAGGACCUGAAAUACUUUUUCUUUCUCUAAAGAACAAAAGGAUUUCUGUGAAAUAAUAAAAGGAAUGUUGUUUCCUUCUUCAGAUGUGUUAAAAUGAUGAAAAGAACAUGUGGUAUGAAAAUAAUGAAACUGAGAAAGUUUGAAAUGUCAUAUACUAUUUGCUUUAACCUCAAGUGAGUGAGAACUUUUUGAGAACCUCUCAAAGGUUAAAUUUUUUAAAAGGAAACCAUUCGUGUUCAUACUGUGAAAUGAAUACUUACACAGAUUUAACUCUACCUGAAGAAGGAUGAAGUCCAGAGCUCGGAAGGUUACUUUUUGGACAAGAACUUCCAGAAUCUCCUAGCCAUCCUGUUCACUAGCAAUAUUAGCUUAAGGAUUUGGGGACUUAUAGUUGAAAAAGUAACUUUCCAAGCUGUGCUUAAAUGUGAAUAAAUGAAGGCUGAGCCACUAAAGUUCAUUACAUUUGGACUACAGUCUAUAAGGCCAAGCCUCCUGUCUGAUGGUUGUGUAGAAAAGGGAAUUUCAGUAAGUGGUGUUUGUCAGGCUGUACAGGGGCCCUGUCUCUUUGUUUCACUUAGCAACCUGAAACACACAAGGGAAAGGGACUUGCUUCUGAGGUUUACUUUAUAAAGUACUAAAGUUGAAAGUUGGCAGGAAAUGGUCAACCUUAGUGAUGAGGUUGCAAGGUUCCUGUUCCUUGAAUGGAAACUUCAGCAGGUGGUGCUUGCAUGCCAAGCAAUUCCUGCUGAAAUAUCUUCUACACAUAUUUCUCCUGACAAUCCUAGCAACUGACUUUAGACAAAUUAAUCACCAUUUAGUGUUCCUAUUCUCUUGUCUGAAUGUGGAAUGAAAAUUGGUUCUAAAUGUCCCCCUCAAGAUUUGUCCAGUUAUCCCAAGUUCAAGGACUAAGGAUGUGUGCAGCUCCGGACGUCAUCGCUGGGCUGCAGACAGGGUUGAACAGUGGUGAGGCAUUGAUGAGAGUUUCAGUCUAACAAGUUUGGAAGUGGUGUGAUGAUAUAGGUGCGUGUGUGUGUGUGUGUGUGUGUGUGUGUGUGUGUGUAUACACAUACACACACACACACACAUAUAUAUACACACACAUAUACACACACACACAUUCAUUCAUUCAUUCAUUCAUUCAUUCAUUCAUUCAUUCAUUCGAUCCUUGCCCUAAAGUAAGGUUCCAGGAAAACAUUAAGCAGUAGGACAGACCUCUGGCUUUCUCUAGAUCAGUGGUUCCCAACCUUUGGUCCUCCAGGUUUUCUGGACUUCAACUCCCAGAAAAUCCCAGCCAGUUUACCAGCUGUUAGGAACUUUGGGAGCUGAAGUCCAAAACACCUGGAGGACCAAAGGUUGGGAACCACUGCUCUAGAUCAGUGGUUCUCAACCUUUGGUCCUCCAGGUGUUUUUGACUUUGAAUUGUGGGAGCUGAAGUCCAAAACACAUGGCGGACCAAAGGUUGGGAACCACUGAUCUAGAUAGAAGAAAGCAUCCUUUGAACUUUAGAUUUGUUAAAUGACAUCUACCAUCAUCCCAGUUGGCGUGAACAUAACGAUGUGGAGAAAUGUAGUCCAAUGCAUCUGAAAGGCACCAGAUGUGUCUAUGGCAAAGGGAAGUCUGUAGUAAGGUAGGAGCAGAUAGACUUUGACCAUGCAGAUAUUUUAGCCGCCAUCAACCCUACUCAGCAUGGCCAUGGUAUCUGCAGUCCAAAACAUCUGGAGUUUCCCUUAUCUCAGAAGAGGCUGCAGAAGUUUUUUCCUUUGAAUGAUGGCACAUGCAGCUGAGUUCUCUGUGUUUACCUUAAGGAAGCCCUGCUCUGUUCAGUGUUGCCUCAUCAGUUCAACAUUUAUCAGGCCCCCAGCUUUUGAAUUAAUUUUGGAAGGAGAAAUCUUGGCUGCACCAAAUUAAUUAUUUUUCACUAGAAUAGAAAUACAAUUCUUUGGAUUUUGUGUUCUUCCCCCAAAGAUUUCUUGCUGCAUUUAAAGGAGCGGGCUUGUAAACUGGCUCACCCUGCCAUUUUUGCCUAACAAGACAGUACAAAAUCUCUGUAUUUUGAUUCCUUCAGUGUAGCUUAUCCGUUCUGACAGUGAGGAUUGUGGCUAUAGUCGCUUUCCUCACCUCAGGCGCAACCAAGGCCUCUGUGGCCUCGGCUACGGCAUAGAAAUCUGUUUAAGGAAUUGUGAUGUUUAUACAAAAUUUCUCAAGAUUUUACACAGAUUUGUAGUAGCUACAGGAGGGAGUAGAAAGCCUAUCUUACACGAUGACUCGCCUUUCAUAGUUGUAAAUUGCUCCUUUUCUAGAGUUUAUCUGUUUAAAAAGAACAUGGCCUGGCAGACAGAGCUGAGGGCCACCAUUGAGCCAAAAGCCUCCUCUCUCCAAGAUAAACCAUGAAUUUGUGGUCUGUCUGAUGAUUUGGACUAUAAUUCCCAUAGUCCUUUAGCCUUGGUGAUGUUAGAUUGGUUUCUGUUCAGAAAGUUAGGAGGGCCAAAGGUUCCCACCUCUGGGGCUGAUCUACACUGCCAUAUAAUCCAGAUCAAUCCACACUAUCUGCUUUGAACUAGAUUAUAUGUGUCUAUACUGCCAUAUAAUCCAGUUCAAAGCAGAUAAUUUGGAUUUUAUAUGGCAGUGUAGAUCCAGCCUGGAUUUCAAUCUUGAAUUGGUCCGUAGUUGCCUUGCAUAUGUGUGUUGGCUUUCCUCUGUUAAAAAACAAGAUGUUAGUAUCUAUUCCGUCAGUUGGGGACUGAGGCCCCCUUCUACACUGCCACAUAAAAUUCAAUUUAUCUGCUUUGAACUGGAUUGUAUGGCACUGUAGACUCAGAUAAUCCAGUUCAAAGCAGAUAAAUGUGGAUUAUCUGCUUUGAUAAUCUGGAUUGUAUGACAGUAUAGAAGGGGUCUAGGGGUCAUUUAAACUGUAGAAAUAAUGUAGUUGGACACUACUUUAACUGCUGUUGCUCAAUGUUGUGGAAUCACAGGAUUCGUAGUUUGGUGAGACACAAGAAUUAUUUGGCAGAAAAGGCCAAAGACCUUGUAAAACUAUGGUUCCCAAUGGCAUCUAGAUACAUUAAUUCUACAGUGUAGAUGCACCCUUGGUGACCUUUAGCUAUUGUGUGUCAAUGGAGCACCAGGCAGGCAGGCUGGAUCUACACUGCCCUAUAUCCCAGGAUCUGAUCCCAGAUUAUCUGUUUUGAACUGGAUUAUAUGAGUUGACGCUGCCAGAAAAUCUGGGAUCAGAUCCUGGGAUAUAGGGCAGUGUAGAUCCAGCUGCAGUUAGUUGCACAAAGUUUCGUUAUCCGUGUGACUAUGUUCACUGUUUACAACAUGGACACUUGAGCCAUGUAGAGAUGUUGUGUUUGGUUGUGUGCUUGAAGUAACACAAUGUGAAGCAAGACCCAGCAUUUUGACUGUGGCCCAGUGUGUUUGUGGUACACACUUUGGAUUUUCUUUACACUGAAAACUACCAAUAAAUUGAUUUGGGUUA